CCAUCAGACGUCUCCGACUAUAUAACCCGACCAGUUUCAAGCCUUAUUAGAUCGUUGAGAACAAGGGAUCUUAACUACAUUUUAUCGAAUGAAACCGGUAUUAGGGAUGGAGAGCGGGAAGGCGGAAAUUAUAACAGUGACGGGAGUGCCUGAAAAGGUGUCGGUGGAUAGAACUAAAGGUUGUACAACCAAGCGAAUUGCAGUCGGUGUGAUAGGUGGUGUAGUUGUCUUGACAGUUGUCGCUGCAGUCGUUAUUGUUUCUGUCUACUUUGGAUCGAAAGUAACAUCGGACAGUUUUAAGGUUGCCCACCAGACAUACAAAACAAAUGAUGGGGAAGUUGUAGAGGAAGAAACGAAUGUGACAAAGACAGAGGUUGACAUACGAGUACCUAACGUAGCAGAGAUCAUUUACGAUUACAAACAUGGGUUGAUUGUAACGAGAUUUGUGGAUUCAGAAACUAAUGUUCAAAGCGUGUGCCUUGCACAGUUCAUGAAUGAGACCGAAUCGCCAAGUACAGACACUGACAAAUACACGGACGGAGAGGUAGACUUUUACGAACAGAAGAGCGACGAAGAUGGUGAGAGUGUGAAAUGGACGAACACAAAUAAAGAGGUACCACGUCACAUGAUUUCUGAAAAUGUAGCAAGAAUGUGCGAGGGAACAAAGAUCUACUGGAUGGAAAAGGCAUCAGGUGAUGGGAUAAGUAAGCGACAGGCAUGUAGCAGGAUUAGACGUGUCAUCAUUUGCUAUCCUACGAAGUAUAAAUGUGCAUACUUAUGUAUUUUUCGCUAUUACUGCUUGCCUGUUGGAAACCUCAUGGCCACUCAAACGCGUUGGGGCUGCAAGAAGGAUUGUGACCCAGGUCCAAACAACCCAAUAUGUAAGAAGUAAAAAGACAGAAUGAAGUGAUUAUAGCCAAGGAAGUGUACAUGUCAGUAGACAUUUUGAGUAGAUAUAAAUUUACUCGAGGAAGUCGAAGAUCUUUUUAAUUGUGACAAAAUCAAUCUUUCCCUUUUGAUAUUAUACGUACCUUUUUCGUACGUUUCGUUAUACACAUGUAGCAUUUACGCAUUCAUUUUGAAACUAACGAAAAAGCCUUUAGAAAUAAUUAACAAGAUUCUUACAGAAAAAGAAACAAUUUCAGUUUGAGCAUGUACAUCAGAAAUAAUAAUUUUAGAAGAAUGUUGAAUGUUAUAGUUAUCCCAGAUUUUUUUUAUAUUAUCAUAAAGUGUAUUCCCUGAUUCACAUUGUUCCUCAACGUUUGGAUUUAUGGACCUUUUUGAAUUUGUAGGAUGUAUUAAUGUUUUAUAAAAUACAGUAGUCUCGACAACUUAACAUUUAAAAGGCCAAAUAUUAUUGUAAGACUCCGUCUUGAUGAAUAAGGAAUCUGAUUGCUCAAAACUACGCGCAUUCUUUGAAUUAAGCUUUCACGCUUUGAUUUUUCUUCUAUUUUAAGUAUUCAGCUAUUUAUCUGCAAUAAACUGUUAAUGUUACGCAAAACGUACUAGAAAGGCGCUGAUCAAAAAUGUAAACGAGAAAAAAAUUCCUUUAAACUUGAUAAAUUAAUUUUGCAAAAACAGUUUUAUACUUCAACACUUCUUUUAUGUGAAUCAUUUUAUACAUUCAUCUUUCAUCAAAAGCUUGUGCCCGCUCUGAUUUGUCGCAAUUUCACAUUUUUUUCAUUUUGAAUAUUUGCUUUUAGCUUUCAAUUUUUACAUUUUUUGCUUUGCGGCAUACAUUUUUCGAAGAUGAAUUAUAUUUGUAAACAAUAUAAUAUGUAGCAAGAAACACAAUUUAACAUAUUUGAACAAAGUUUUUACUUUAAUCUUCCUUCGAAAUGUAUUAUAACUUCUACUUCUAAAUGGAUUACUCACGAUAAUACUUUUAUCCUAAUACAAGGUGUAGGUGAUAUGAUAUUUACAUACAGUCUUGACAAUGUCAGCCAACUUGAAAUCAAAGAUAAAUUCAUAUUCGUUUCUAAAUAAAUCUUAUAUUUAAUUAUAUAUCAAAGGUAAUAAUUUUAAUAGUGUUUAUUCUUUCUUCAUACUGUCCUGUCAUCAUUGUUCAUAGAUAAAUUCUGUAAUGUUUAACCAGAAUAAAGUUUUAUAUCAACAGUA